AUGACUUCCCCCUCAAAGACCGAGGUUCAGGCCGCUAUUGGCGAAUACAUCAAGCAGCUGGCAGAGCCACUGCGUGAGUUGAAUCGGAAGAUUCACGAGAACCCAGAAUUGGCAUAUGAAGAGCAUCACUCCCACGACGUGAUCUGCAAAUUCCUUGAAGCCCAGAAUAUACCCGUGAAGCGACAUGUCUACGGACUCAGAACUGCCUUUGAGGCUAUUGUUGGCGAGUCGAGUGGUCGCUGUGUAAACUUCAAUGCUGAAUACGAUGCCCUUCCUGGCAUUGGGCAUGCAUGUGGCCAUAAUCUCAUUGCCACCGCCAGUGUCGCCGGAUUCAUGGCCCUCGCAUUUGCGAUUCAAAAGUUUGGUCUUCCUGGACAGGCCCAGCUCCUCGGAACGCCAGCUGAAGAGGAUGGUGGGGGUAAAGUUGAUCUCAUUCGCGCAGGUGCCUUCAAGAAUGUGGACGUAUCCUUGAUGAUGCACCCGAUGGCCGAAGAUGAGUUCUCCAAAGGAAUUCUAGGAAUCGGCGGUCGAUCAACCAUCGCUUGUUUUGACAUUACCGCGGCGUAUCACGGAGUCAGCGCCCACGCGGCUGCGAGCCCCUGGGAGGGUGUGAAUGCACUCGACGCCCUAGUUUCAGCUUACAACAACAUCUCCAUGCUUCGCCAGCAGAUCGGACCAGAUGAAAGAAUUCACGGUGCCAUCAUGCAGGCGCCGACAGUGACCAAUGCAAUCCCUGAGUUAACGCGAACCAAGUACACCAUUCGGAGUCGCACGCAGAAGGGAGCGCGUGCUCUGGGUGAACGCGUUCGCAAGUGUCUCGACGCCGGCGCGUUGGCCACUGGCUGCAAAGUUGAAUUGGAGGAAAACUCAGAUGGUUACCAAGACGCGAUUGGAGAUUUGGGCGUCCACGUCGUCUCUUGUGAUGAUACUCUCAUGCCAGGAUCGACCGACCAGGGAAAUGUUUCCCAGGUUGUUCCAGCUCUCCAUGCUUUGGUUGGUAUUCCUGUCACGGACGGAGCGCAUAAUCACACUCGACAAUUCACUGCUGCUGCAGCUACGGAUGAGGCACAUGAGCGCUCGGUCACUUCAGGGAAGGCUAUGGCGAUGACAGGUUGGCGGCUUCUCGUUGAUGAUCAGUAUUAUAGCAAGGUUCGCCAAUCGUUUGACGAGAUUAUGGGGUAA